AUGACGCAGGCACACGAGAAGAGCAGCGAUGCGGCUGCGCCCAAAUACUGGGGCGUGACUGGCAAGAAGGUCCAGAAGCUCGUCACCGCCGUGGCCACGACCGACUUCCUCCUCUUCGGAUACGACCAAGGUGUCAUGUCGGGUAUCAUCUCGGCUCCGGCCUUCCAGCACAGCUUCCCCGAGGUCGAGGGCGACAGCACCUACGAGGGCUUUGUCGUCUCCAUCUACGCCGUCGGCUGCUUCCUCGGCGCUCUCUUCAUCCUCAUGUUCGGUGACCACCUCGGCCGCCGCAAGUCCAUCUUCCUCGGCGGCAUGGUCAUGAUCGUCGGUGUCAUCAUCCAGGUCACUGCUUUCGGUCCCUCGAGCGGCGCCACUGCCCAGUUCAUCAUCGGCCGGUGCAUCACAGGAAUCGGCAAUGGCAUCAAUACCUCCACCGUCCCCACCUACCAGGCUGAAUGCUCCGAGUCCCACAACCGCGGCAAGCUCAUCUGCAUCGAGGGCGGCAACGUUGCCAUCGGCACGUUGAUUGCCUACUGGAUCGACUACGGCUGUACUUAUGGCCCCGAGGCCUUUGUCUGGCGCUUCCCCAUUGCCUUCCAGUGCGUGUUUGCCAUGGUCGUCCUCGUCCUCAUGACCCGCCUGCCCGAGUCGCCUCGCUGGCUGCUCACAAAGGGACGUACAGAGGAGGCGGCCGUCGUCCUUGCCGGCCUGGCUGGCAUGGCUCCCAACUCUGCUGUCAUCACCGAGGAGGUCCAGGUCAUCGAGGAGGCCAUCCGCGCUUCCGGACACAAGGGCGGCAUCACCCCCUUCUCGGCUCUCUUCGAGGGUGGCCCCAUGCAGAGCUUCCGUCGCAUGGUCCUCGGUGCCUCUUCUCAGAUGAUGCAGCAGCUCUCUGGCUGCAACGCCGUCAUCUACUACUUCCCCAUUCUCUUCCAGACCUCCAUCGGCACCUCGCACAACCUGGCUCUCCUGCUCGGUGGUGUUAACAUGGUCGUCUACUCCAUCUUUGCCACCACCUCUUGGUUCGCCGUCGAGCGCAUCGGUCGCCGCAAGCUGUUCCUCAUCGGUACCGUCGGCCAGUGCUUGUCCAUGGUCCUCACCUUCGGUGCGCUUCUUCCCGGUACUCCUGAGGCUGCCAAGGGUGCCGCUGUGGGUCUCUUCACCUAUAUUGCCUUCUUCGGCGCCACCUGGCUCCCGCUCCCCUGGCUGUACCCUGCCGAGAUCAACCCUCUUCGCACCCGCGCCAAGGCCAACGCCACCUCGACUGUGCAGAACUGGCUGUGGAACUUCUUCGUCGUCAUGGUCACUCCUGUCAUGCUUUCCGGCACUGGCACUUCCGGCUGGGGCACCUACCUCUUCUUUGCCGUCAUGAACGCCAUGUUCUUCCCCAUCAUCUACUUCCUGUACCCCGAGACUGCUGGCCGUUCCCUCGAGGAGAUCGACCUCAUCUUCGCCAAGGGUUUCACCGAGAAGAUCAGCUACGUCAAGGCCGCCCAGGACCUGCCCAAGCUCGGUGCCCAGGAGGUUCAGCGCCGCGCCAAGGACUACGGUCUCGGUGUUGAGGAGGAGAUCAAGACUGACCACGCUGAGCGUGAGAUUGGCAUGCUCACUGACUCUUCUUCUUAA